AUGAUCCUCUCCUUGGCGCUGUCUCCGGAAGACUCCAUUUUGUUGAUUUCUUCAUGUGGAUCAGGCAAUCUGGUGAAGACGGUUGUCCUUUUCUUCAGCAUUGUACAGAUGUUCCAUUUCAAUGCUAUCUGCCGCAGCUUCCGAGCCAAUCUGCCGGAGGGCAAACAUAUCAAACGUUUCUCGUCUGUGUGGUCGAACCCUCAGCCCGGCUUGGAUGAGACCUUUUAG